AUGCCCCUCGUCGAAGACGGUCCUCGCGAGGACAACAACAGCCAAAUACCCCCUACAACCCUCAAUCCCAACAGUGAAGCAUAUAACGAAGACCACGACGACGAUAACGACGUCCCCGUGAACAAAAAGACCAGCUUCAACGGCCGUCUCAACCAAUACUUCCACACCGCGAAGCCUACGUCCUCAGCGCCACCGGCACUCUCAUCCAUAAAACAAACUGCUACCACUACGACAACACACCCAAACCGUACAUCCUCUCCUCUAAAACGCAAACGAACCACACCACCAACAUCAACAACAUCAACACGAAUAACCCGCUCCCGAUCCCGCUCCUCCACCUCAACCCCAACCAGCACCACCUCCUCUCCCCGCCCACGCAAAACCCUCACACCAUCGUCAGCAUCCGACUCCCUCCUCACCGACACCAUCCCCCCAAACCUAACCCUCCUCCUCGUAGGCGUAAACCCCGGGAUCCUAACCGGCAUAACCGGCUACGCCUACGCGCACCCCAGCAACCUCUUCUGGAAACUCCUCCACUGGUCGGGGAUCACACCCAUCCGACACCCGCCCUCAGAUACAUACAAACUUCCGGAGUUAUAUAACAUCGGGAACACGAAUAUCGUGGAACGUCCGACGCGGGACGCGAGCAUGCUGAGCAAGAAGGAGAUGGAUGCGGGGGUGCCGGUGUUGGAGGCGAAGGUGAGGGAGAAGAGGCCUGAGGCGGUGUGUCUUGUGGGAAAGAGUAUUUGGGAGGCGGUUUGGAGGGUUAAGGUCGGACGGGGGAUUCGGAAGGAGGAGUUUAGGUAUGGGUGGCAGGAUGAGGGGAUGAAUUUGGGGAGGGUGGAGGGAUGGGAUGGGGCGAGGGUUUUUGUGGCUACGACGACGAGUGGAUUGGCGGCGGGGAUGUCGGUUAUGGAGAAGAGGGAGGUUUGGGAUGAGUUGGGGAGGUGGGUUGUUGAGAGGAGGAAGGUUUGGGAGAUGGAGAAAGGCCGUGGUAGUGAUGGUGUGAAAGUAGAAUAG